UUGCCCAUCCCUAAAGGAAAAAAAAGAAAUAUCGGAGAGAGCAGCGACGCAAGUCCGUAAAAGACGAAAAGUGAGGAUAUUUAAAGAAGCUAUCUCUUAAAAGAGGAACAAACAGGUACAAACCUAUUGACAAGCACACGGUGAUCAAUCUUCACCGGACAGAAGGACACGUUCCUGGGGGGAAAAGCAGGUCUUCUGCUUAAAAUUAAGACCACUGUCGCAACAAUGCCUCUUCACAAAUCAUCCCGAGCCCCUCGUCUGGACCCCACCAUGAUCUCUGCUCCCCUGGGUGAUUUCCGUCACACCAUGCACAUCGGUCGGGGUGGGGACGCUUUUGGGGACACCUCCUUUCUGUCCAGCCAUGGCCCCUCAAGUCCAGAACCCAACACCGCUCAACCAGUCACGGCCACUACUACCAUGAACGAGAACCAAGACAUUGAGACGAACUAUAAUGAUGAAAUGAAAUACGUGGAAGAUACUGGUCCAAGCGAGCUCCGACAUUCCGAUUCAGUUUCUUCAUUUGACCUCGAUUUGGAUUUAGGGCCUUCGAUUUUGGGAGAUGUUCUGGGAGUGAUGGACGGACUGACGAUGGGUUCUUGCAAAGGAAACGAAGAGGUUUUCAUGAGUGGAUCGAAAGAUGUGAUGAUGUCGUCAGGAAAUGUUGGGAAUGAGUUGAACGAGAGGAUGAGAAUGGAAAGCUUGAGCAGAGAGUUGAGAGACGAGCAGCUGAAUGAAGUCAACGGCAUGAAAUCCAAAGGGCUCAGGCCUAAAGUGCGCUUCAGCGACAAACGCGAUGAGAUCAUCGGUCGACAGGAAGUGAUCGAGGGGCUUGAGGUUGAAGGAGAAGAAAUGAGCUUGAGGCCAAAUAAAGGGAUGCAGGAGAUUAGCGGGAGGACGGCUUUCGAUAAAGACCCGAGACAAGAGGAGAUGGUUAACCGAAGAGAGGAAAACUCUCCGAGCCUUUCUUCCUCAGCGAGCUCAGAAUAUGAAGGAGUCUCACCGCUGGACAGAAGGAGAGAAGAUCAACACCUCUCAGAUUCUGAUUCAGAGGAGGAGGAGGCUGCCAAUGGAGAACAGGGAUACACGUUUGAGGACGAGCUUGAUGAUGAGAUUGGGCUUUAAGAGGACUUUGCAAACAUUUUGAGGAUCAAAAAGAAGUGGAGGGAUCAAGUGAACUGAAGCAUUUUUUUUAAAAAAACCAAAUGGAGAGAAAAUUACUUCUUUAGGACGAUUUGGAACUCUCUUUUAUAGCCUUAUGAAGUUUACGAUUGCGUUUACUCGUUUUCGGAUCUAUUUUAUGAGAAUUGGAUUUUUUUAUUGGAUUUUAUAACUACAAAUUCUGAAAGUCUCCCACGGACGGUGAGAUAAUAUAAAAGAACAACCCAGGAAACAGUCUGACAAGUACAUCUCCCAAGGUUUAAGCAUAAUAUUGAACAGCAAAUCUUCUGUUUGUCCACUUUAUAGAUCUGUUAUGGGGCACUUCACCUUGUUCAGGUAACUGGAAACCACUUUAAUCUCGAUGUAGAGGAAAUAGCUGGAGUUCAUAGAAAACUGAAACCAAAAGGGGUGUUUACACAACAUCAUUGAUUAACGCCAAACACGUCAAAGCCAUUUUGUUGCCUUAAUGCAAACACAAAAUGGAUUUUAAAGUGCCGUUGUUGUUCUGUGUAAAACAAGAAGUGAUUUUAUAACAAUUGUGGAAUCACUCACAAUUUGUUUAGAGUAACCAAAACAAAAACGCUGCACUACAAGACAAUGUGCACAGGCGAGUGGUGUUUCUUUAAAAAGUGGCAUCGCUACCUACUGACCUGGCAUGCAUAUUACAGUGUUUGUAGUCAUUUUUGUGGAUUGUCUAUAUGUGGCCUUGGACCACAAAACCAUUCAUGAGGGUCAUUCAUUCAUUAUCCUUUAGCUUAGUCCCUUUAUUCAUCAGGGGUCUCCACAGUGGAAUGAACCACCAACUUAUCCAGCAUAUGUUUUACACAGCGGAUGCCCAACCCAUUACUGGGAAAUACACUACGGAACAUGCAAACUCCAGACAGAAAUGCUAGCUGGAGUUUAGCUGCUAGCUGGAGACCCAGCCGGGACUCGAACCAGCAACCUUCAUGCUGUGAGGCGACAGUGCUAACCACUGAGCCACUGUGUCGCCCGUCAUGAGGGUAAGUUUAUUGGCAAUCAUCUGAAAGCUGAAAUAAUAAAUAAGAUUUCCACUGAUGUAUGGUUUGCUGGAAUAGGACAAUAACUGGACGAGUAACAACUAUUUGAAAAUCUGGAAUCUGAGAGUUAAAAAAAUGGAAUUAAUGAGAAAAUCUGCUUUAAAGAUGUCUGUAUGGAGUUCUUAGCAAUGCAUAUUUCUAAUCAAAUAUUACAUAUUGAUAUAAUUAUGGUGAGAAAUUGACUAGAUAUCUUUUCGGAAGAUUAUCUAUACUUUAAUGCUCUAAAUGAAUCAUUUUAACUCACACAAUGUAUUUCUGGCUAUUCCCACAAACUGAACUGUGUUUGUGGUCCAGGGUCACAUAUAAAUGUAUGAAACUUUCCAAAAAUGCCAAGUAAAAACUUAUACAUGUUUACCACACUGUUGGCAUGUAAAUGUUCCCUUCGAAUAACAGCUGAUCCAUUUCUAAAGCCAAAUACCACAUGCAACAUUAUCAAUGAUUCCUUACAUUCUUAUGCACAGUGCCUUAAAUGAAGAUGUUUUCCAUCUUCAUCUUGCUUAUUUUCAUUGAAAAGUGGCCUUUCUUUUUGUGUAAGGAUGCAAGGUUGCUGAAUGCAUUCAAAAAUGCUGGAAUUUUCUCAUGGGAAGGUUUAUUACAUAAGCAUACAUAUCUUGAAGAAAUGAGAGCAAUCGGAUUGCGUUGUUGAAGAUGUAUUCGUUUAGAAAUGGUUAAAAUGAAAUAUAAACUAUAGUUACACACUACAAAAUAGUCUUAAAAGCUAAACAAGUGUAAAAUGCAUAGUUUAUAAACUGUGAAUGAAUAAUGAUGAUAAUAAUUAUAGAUCUUGACCACUUUAUAAAGGGAAACAGAGAAAGCUUUUAUUAGGCUGGAUUCAUUUUCAAAAGCAGUUUGUGUUUAUCUUGCUUUCACAUUUGUUUGAUUUCAAUUUGUAUAAUAGACAAUCAGUCAUUAUUGUACGCCCGAAACCACUCAGUUUAAAUGAUGUAGACUGGGGCUAGACCAAAAUAUGUAAUAAAAUUUUUAUGAAACUA